AUGCAGGUAGGGUCCCGCGCAACAUCUCAAGUCCUGGUGAUACCCCUUGGAGAUGCGUUGAAGAUUGGGCUAUUCCAGACAGGGCCACGUCUAUAUCAGUGUUUAUGGGGGUUACUGACAGUUUUGCAGGCCUCUACAGAUACUUACCGCCAGCCAGACACCCGGGGCGCUUCUUCUAGGCGCCUGGCACAUCUCUCCAUCAGCGACGACAACCACCAUGUUACGGAGGCUAUUGGAUACAUGUAUAAUGAUGCCUAUGACGGCAGUGCCGGUGGGAGCGGGAGUGGACAUGGGAAUGGGAGUGCGGGCUCACGAGACUCUAAACGUCUGAGCUAUCUGUCGCAGGAAGAAAGCAUAUCUACGAAUCCGAUAAACCGCACCGUACAGUCAUCUUCGUCCCCAGGUUCAGGUUCAGGUUCCAACGUUAAUAAGGACCGCUUGCCUCUGCCCACCCGAACCGCUUCGAUAAACGGCGUCAACGGCCAUGGAACCUCAUCACGUCAUACACUCUCUCCUCACGACUCUUCCGGCCAACAAUCCCCCAACCUGAACCAUUCUCCCUCCUCUGACGGGACCGUUUCCUUUCCGCUCACAGACAUAGACUGUCAGUCUGAUCCGGCAACAGUCGCCCAGGAGCUCAGCAACCUCGCUGCCCUCCGCCGGAUGUCGAUGGACGUAGGCUCCUUGGAUCCAGAUUUGCCUUCGUUCGGCGGCCUAAUGUCUUCUAUAGCUCCUUCUCCGUCUGCUGACGAGGACGACGCAUCACGCCUCUUCUGGGUGCCUGCGCAUCUCCACCCCGGUCUCGCCCCCAAGGAGUUCAAAUCCUUCCUAGACAGCAAAGCGGAUCAGAUAAAGCGGAGGUCUGGGGAGAUCUCGCCCACAGAGGGUGCAGCGCUACUACAGCGUCAGGGCUCAGCCAACAGUUUGAUGCGCAAAAAGUCGUUACUCUCUCGGCAAGUAGAUAGCUCAAGUGUCGGAAAGGAGGACUCUUGGUCGUCGAAAAAGUCGAGUUUAGAAGCCCUGUCCGAGGAACCGCAAAACCAGUUUGGGAAUUUUGCUGAUGAGGAUGCGCCGAUCCUCCCACCCGCGCCACCGGGCUAUAGUCUGCGCCGUUCCAGAAGAACAACAUACAGAAAGGGCAGCUUGAAGGCAGGCGAGCGAGUGCCUCAUUCUAGAAGAGCUGCAAGACAGUCUGAUAUCAGUCAGUCAGAGGGUACGGGCGAUAGUUCAAGCACUAAACGAUCGUCUACGCCUACUGAAGAGCUUCCUAUACUGGGGCUGACCAGGGUAUCCACAGAUCCAACAGGAUAUGAUAAUGCAACCAACUACUCCAGGCCAGCCCGGACAAAACCAGUAUCACUGCCCUCAGGUUUGCCUCCCUCGGGGGAUACUUCAGACCACACACCGGCUCGUGCUAGUGCACCAUCACAUACCCAGCAAUGGACACCACCAUCCAACGAAAAACCUGCCGUCUCUCACCAUCACUCGCACUCGCAACCACAACCACAAUUGCAAAAAAUACAUCCCAUCGAGCCACCCCGAGCAGACUCCCUCCGCUCAACAAGUAGUAGUGCCCAACAAACACAACCAUACAUCCCAGAACGAAAUUCGUCGCACCAUCCACCGCCCCAGCCGCCACCCCAGACACCAUUACCUACAGAACCUACAACACGGGCAUCGAAGAGAGCAGGUCUUAUCAUACCAAGCAAAGAAGCUCCCCCAAUUAGUGAACCCCCACCCAAGAUUGUCGCCCAAACCCCCUCCCAUGUUCCGAACGCCAUUCAAGAACGGCGAAAAUCCGACGAAAAAGAAAAGGAUAAAAAGAGUAAGGGCAAGAAGGACUCGGAAGGUGUGAAAAAGUCAGGCUGGCAUUGGCGUCGUGGUGCAUCCGAGGAGAAAGAAAAGGAAAAGGAGAAGAAGAAGGAAGAAGAAGCAAAACGCAAGUCCUCCAAAUCAUACAACAAGUCCGAAAAACCUCAUGAUAACGCUCGUCUUGAUCUCCUCCAAACCUCCAUCGAUGGGCAGCCUGCUGCCAAAUCCAAAGAGAGAGAAAGCCUUAUCCUCGACCGCCCAGAUAUCAUCGACGAAGAACUUCGUCCUUCCCGCAAAGAACAGCUACGGAAAUCCUCCUCACCCCCUCCCAAAAAAGAAAAAGAACCAUCUCUAUUUUCCUCCAUAUUCGGUGGCAGCAAGAAGAAAUCCAGUUCUCAUGAUUCUCAUUCCCGCAAACACUCCCGCUCACGCAUCCGAACUCCUUCACCCGACAUCAAAUAUUAUAACCUCAAGGCAGAUGUAGACUACAACUGGACCCGUUUUUCAAUCAUGGAGGAACGCGCCAUCUACCGCAUGGCACAUCUCAAACUGGCCAACCCCCGGAGAGCUCUGUAUUCACAAGUUCUCCUGAGCAACUUCAUGUACUCUUAUCUCGCCAAGGUACAGCAGAUGCACCCCCAUAUGGCCCUCCCUACGUCACCGGCCCAAAACAAAGCGAAGAAAAAGGAAAUGCAGCAGAACCAGAAUCACGCCCAACACAAAACAGACGAUUAUUCCCAUUAUCAAGAGGGCCAUGAUCAGGAUUCAUAUGCAGAAACUGGCGAUCCGCAGAUGUACGAUUAUGACCUUGAUGACGGAUAUGAGCAGUCGCCCCAUUCUUCAAAGCAUGGAUACGAUUAUUCAGAAGGACGGACAGAGGAGCACGAUGGUAUGUGGUAA